AUGUCGCACAACAUCAUCCGACGUAUCUUUGGUGACCGCAAGCUGCCUGAGAACCUUAGCGGUAACGACUAUGAGCGUUUCAUGCAGGAGAACUUCCCCAAGUGGAUUCAAGAGUUUGAGGAAAGCGGGUUUCUUGAGGCAACAAAGCUGCCGGUAAUUAAAAGUGAGGACGAGUUCUUGCAAAAGCUGCGGGAACACAAGGAUGACCUCAUGGUAAUUAAAUUCUGGAAACAUGCUUGUAUUCCAUGCUUGUCGUUUGCGGAGAUGUACAAGCAGGCGUCAGAGCAGUGUAAGGCCGAAAAGCGCCGCAUCGUGUGGUAUAGCGUGGACACAAAAGACAUCGACACACGGUCACUUGUGGAGUAUCAGCUUGUUACCGGCACACCCACCAUUCAGACCUUUAGUGGGUUGAAGCAAGUGGGAAAGGAGAUCCGUGCAACGAAUGCGGAGGACUUGAUGAAGGAACUCACCUUGCGGGAGGCGACGGUGAUGAGUAGAUGA